GGCAGAUCCUGAGAGUGGGGAGACGUCUGAGUCAGGAGGGGAGGGUUUAAAGACCAGAGGGACCCCGCCUACAAUCUCGACUCUGAACUUGGGUUGACCACAGAGUGAGAUUCUGGGAGGAGUCUCCUCCCUCCUCCCCUCACGCCACCCUAACCCUACACUCUCCUCCGCGAUUUUCAUCAGGGCACUCCGGAGACGCACGCGCCGCGGCUUGGAAGGCGGCUCCGGAUGAGUUCCUGUCUCCGCCUCCGACGGAGAGUAAUUACCUGCUUUCAUAACUCAGAUGUGAUAAUUUCUAUUCCUCGGCUCGGCUCCAGAGCACUCGCGUGACCCGACAGCUCGUGGAAGGUUAGAAACGAAGGUCCCUCCGGCCGGAUCCGAGGACAGUUGCAGACAGUACUUUUUUUUUUUGCGCCCGGAGAUUGAGUGCUCUUGGGUCACAGCUCACAGCUCACAGCAACCUCAAACUCCUGGGCUCAGGGGAUCCUCUUGUAUCAGCUUCCGGAGUAGCUGGGACUACAGGUGUCCACCACGACGCCGGGGUAUUUUAGAGACGGGGGUCGCGUCCUUGCUCAGGCUGGUCUCCAACUCCCGAGCCCCAGCGAUCCCCAGCCCCAGCCUCGGCCCCCAGGGUGCUGGGAUUACAGACGAGAGCCACGGCGCCCGGCCGCGGACGGUUCUGGAUUCGCGUUGCAGUUUGACCCGCGGGGCCGAGCGCCAUGGGACUGGCCCGGGCAAAGCCGGCCCCGGGGCGCGAGCGCGUGCUGAGAGCUCGGUCAGGAUUCUGGAUGCUCAACCCCUUACUGGUCACCUUCGUCUUCGGUGUCUGGCUGUCGGUCCCAGCUGACUCUGCCUCCAUCAUCCAGAAUGAGGUUCCCCAGCACAGACCUGCCCCCCAGCGAUGGAGGUCAAGGCCCGUGGAGGGUUUAUGUCCACCAGGAACCCAUCUCUCAGAAGACGGUACAGAUUGUCUGCCCUGCAGAUACGGAGUAGACUAUACUACUCACUGGAAUGAGCUCUUUUCCUGCAUACUCUGCACGGCUUGUAGUGCAGAUAAAGUAGAGCGAAGUCCCUGCAACACCAUCAGAAACACAGAAUGUCAAUGCAAAGGGGGUACUUUCUGGGCAGAAGAAUCACCGGAGGUCUGCCGACCGUGUACCCCUAGGUGCCCUGCUGGGACGGUCAUGAAAACUAACUGUACCCCCUGGAGUGACAUUGAGUGUGUCCAUAAAGAAUCAGGCAAUGGGGUCCUCAUGAUUUGGAUUGGAGUUACACUCAUCAUCGUGGCAGUAGUGGCUAUAGCAAUAAUGUGUUGCUGGAUAUGCAUCCACUUAGGUCGUGACUGGGACACCAAGUCUGUGCGCAAGGUCUGUUGCUGGAGAGUCGCACAAGGGCGUGGGACAGAGGACAGCACGGACAACCAGAUCCUGACCAUCAGAGACUCUCAGUCCACCCUGGACUUUGAGCAGGAGGAAAUGAAAAUCCAGGAGCUGGCAGAGCUGAGAGAUGUUACCCCAACUUCCCCACAGGAGGAAGAGUGUCUUCUGGGGCAGGCAGAAGCUGAUGGGUCGCAGAGGAGGAGGUUGCUGGUUCCAGCGAAUGGCGCCGACCCCAUUGACACUCUGAAGCCAUUCUUCAACAGCUUCUCAGACACCGUGCCCUGUAACUCUUGGAACCAACUCAUGAGGCAGAUGGGUCUGACGGAAAAUGAUAUCCAUCUGGCGAAAAUCUCAGCCUCAAGCCCAGAUGAUGUCUUGAAUGAAAUGCUGGUGAGAUGGAUCAACAGAAAAGGACGGGAGGCCUCAGUGAACUCCCUGCUGGAGGCCUUGGAAACGCUGGGAGACAGGCUUUCGAAGCAGACCAUCGAAGACCGUCUGGUGGGCUCUGGGAAGUUCAUCUUUCUAGACAGUGGGACAGACUCUGGUGUGCCAUCAGAGUGAAAGAUUCUCUGUAAGAAGUCAGAACUUUCCUAGUGCACCUUUUUUUCUGGAACAAAGGACAAUUCUGGUUGAAUUGAUUAGAUUUCCUACCAGCUCUAGGAAAUCACCAAAAAUCUCACAUGAGUGGUACUUGAAGAAAUUCUGCCAUGCAAUAUCAUCCAGUGCAUGGAACGUGCUAGAACUUUUCCAGUGGUGUAAAUACUUGUAGAAAAACAUAAAACUGGGGCAGUGCCUGUGGCUCAGUCGGAAAGGCGCCGGCCCCAUAUACCAAGGGUGACGGGUUCAAACCCGGCCCCGGCCAAACUGCAACCAAAAAAUAGCUGGGCAUUGUGGUGGGCGCCUGUAGUCCCAGCUACUCGGGAGGCUGAGGCAAGAGAAUCGCUUAAGCCCAGGAGUUGGAGGUUGCUGUGAGCCGUGUGAGGCCACGGCACUCUACCGAGGGCCAUAAAGUGAGACUCUGUCUCUACAAAAAAAAAAUAAAUAAAUAAAUAAAACUUAUAAAACAUUUCUGUUUAUGAGUGGCGCCUGUGGCUCAGUGAGUAGGGCGCCGGCCCCAUAUGCCGAGGGUGGUGGGUUCAAACACAGCCCCGGCCAAACUGCAACAAAAAAAUUGCCGGGUGUUGUGGCGGGCACCUAUAGUCCCAGCUACUUGGGAGGCUGAGGCAAGAGAAUCGCUUAAGCCCAGGAGCUGGAGGUUGCUGUGAGCUGUGUGAUGCCACGGCACUCUACCGAGGGCCAUAAAGUGAGACUCUGUCUCUACAAAAAAAAAAAAAAAAAAUUUCUGUUUAUAUGUUUUUGUAGCAAAAUGUAUUUAUAUCAUUGUGUAUAAGGUUUGUAUUUUUGUUUUUUUAGUUUUUUUUUUUGGCCGGGAUAGGUUUGAACCUGCCGCCUCCAGCAUAUGGGACCGGCGCCCUACUCCUUGAGCCACAGGUGCUGCCCAGGUUUGUAUUUUUAUUUUAGAUUGAUAAAGAGUACAAAUGAUUAGGUUACAUUACUUGCACUUUUUUUUUUUUUUUUAGAGACUUUGUCGCCCUCGGUAGAGUGCUGUGCCGUCACAGCUCAUAGCAACUUCCAGCUCUUGGGCUUAGGUGAUUCUCUUGCCACAGCCUCCCGAAUAGCUGGGACUAUAGGUGCCUGCCACAACGCCCGGCUAUUUUUUUUGUUGUUGCACUUUGGCUGCGGCAGGUUCAAACCUGCCACCCUUAGUAUAUGGGGCUGGCAUCCUACUCACUGAGCCACAGGAGCCACCCACUUGCAUUUUUUUUAAAAAAUGGGGUUUUUCUCCUCAAUGAAUCCCCAACAAUAAAAAAAAAAAAAUGGGGUUUUUCUCUUGCUUAAGCUGGUCUCAAGUUCAAGGGAUCCACCUACCCUGUUCUCCCAGAGUGAUAGGAUUACAGGUAUGAGCCACUGUACCCAGCCUGUACUUCUUCUUUUGAUAAAUAUGUUCCUAUAAUAACAAUAUAUAAUUAUAAUAAAUUAUAUUUAUUCUUUCCUU